AUAGAUGUAGAUGUCUAUUUUUAGUACGAUAUUUUAGUUUUCGUAAAUAACAUGUUGUUUGGUCACGCUUUAAACAAUGGAGUAGAGAUUCCUAACAUUGGACGUAAGUGAUUCCAUGUCAAUUUUGAUGACUUUUUAUGUAAUAAUUAUUUUAACAUAAAAUAUAAGCCUAAGACUUAUGUUUAUUUUGUCACUCCACUUAAGUCAGAACUAGAAUUCAAAUAGGCCUUUUUUGGAGUUUUCGCGGAAAACUCAUCACUGCCAUGCAUAUAUAACCCAAAUGGACUAAUCUGGCCAGCUCAAGCCUGUUCUGACAAUGGUAAUUUCUUGUACUGUUUUCAUGGGUGCUGUAAAUUACUAGUAAUGAGAGAUCUUCUUCAGUUGGAACUUUUCAGAUGAAAUCAGUGGCUGAAGAUGAUGUAAUUUACAGAACAAUCGAUAGCGCACUGCAGUGUGGCUGCAGACUUAUAGGUAAGAGAAGUCAGGUUCACUGCAGACUGUUUGCAGAAUUUAAAAGUGUCUCAUAAGGUAGUCAAUGCAUAGAGUAUUACCCCGUGAGAAGGGGGGUAUGUACUGCCAUAUACAGCUAUUUCAAGAAAGGUUGUCGGAAAAAAUGUGCAUGCGACAAUCCCGAAAGGUAAUAUGGGAUAUGUUCAAUACACUGUUCCUGACACUGUAGCUGUCGAACCUACUUUUGUUGCUUUCCUUUAGCACUAGCAGACAUAUGUCCAUGACCUCUCCUGCCAUUCUUUCAAAUUUCUUUGAAAAACAGUGCACUCAAAACCACCCACAAUACCUGUCGGGGUUGUCGCGUGCACUUUAUCCAACAACCUUUCUCGAAAUAGCUGUAUAGGCUAUAUACAUACCUGCCAACCCCCGGAGUACAAAAAACUGGAGACGUCUAGAAAUCUUCAACAAUGUCUGAAUACUCUCCAAAAAUCACCCGAAGGCCUUCCUAAUGUUCCCAACAUCAAUAACAGCGUGUGAAAACCGCGCCAACUUUCUACCAAGUAUUGUGCAAUUUGGUUGGUUAAUUUCUGACCAAUUAUGAUACUCGUUAAAUAUACAUCAAUUUGAUUGCUCUGUUUUACAUUUUCCGAUCAAGAACAGCUCAAAUAAGAGGACUAAAUUCACUUCUUGUUUCAUUUUCCUUUUUGACUUCUCAAAAAUAACAAAAUUAAUCAAAAAAUUCAUAAAAAGGGGGCGGUAGGUAUUUCCGGGAGAUUUGGUGCUCUAACUGGGAGACCGGGAGAUCUGAUGAAAAACUUGGAGACUCCUGGGAAAACCGGGAGAGUUGGCAGGUAUGUGUAUAGGUAUAUGCUGCUGCAAAGUGUAUGGUUUAGAUUUAGGUUUACUUGCAACUCAUUAAGCUUUUGUGCUGAACUGUGCUGCUGACCUCAGUACUUUUUGAAAAAUAGCAACUCUAGGAUAGGCCAUAGGAAGGUAUUUUAGGAGUUUAGUCUAGUAAAGGGCAGCAAAGUUCAGGUGGGCUAGGUCCAGUGUAGGCCAGGGGUUCCACAGUCCCAGCAGCUCAUCCCUAUCCAAGAAUUCUUAAGGUACCUCCCCCAGGGACAUUUUACAUUAAUGACAUGAUUCUUGAGUGCUCAUUAAUCAGGGGCUAUGGUCUGUGAGAGCAUUGACAAAGUUUUCAAAUUAUGGCAUAAUGAUGACACAAUGUGUUUUUUUCUGUUACUCGCACACAUUUUCCAAGAAAGUUCACCAGAAAUGGACACAGAGACAACAAUUUCCAUUGUCUAGACUCCUAACGGCAACAGAAAUGUGUUGCUUCAGUAAAUAUCCAUACUGUUUACACAGUGGUUUUUUUUUAUCCUGCAACCUCUUUGAAAUUCCAGUUUAGCUUCAUACUUUCCAUUAAAAAGUUUGGUCCUCAAGACCCCACGUUUGUCUUAAGCACUUAUAGGCACUGAGAUGUUUUAUGCACAAAGGGAAACAGUGUAACAGAACUUGUCAUACAGUCGACUCCUGGUAACUCGAACCCUCCACAACUCGAACCUCCCGUUAACUCGAAGUAAUUUUCAUUUCCCUUCAGAUCAUUUUCCAUAUAAUUUUACCCUUGAUUAACUCGAACUCCCGAUAACUCGAACUUUUUUCUAUUUCCCUUGAAGGUUCGAAUUAUCGGGAGUCGACUGUAUUUCCUUAAGCCUUUCCAUAAACAACAAGAAGUGACAAUAACAAAAUAUUAAUUUCCCGUUAUCAUAUUGUAGUCUCAUGCACAAUGAGUUAAGGCUUUGAGUCUUGAUUAUUUUUUGCUUGCUGUAAACAGACACAGCUGCUGUUUAUCGGAAUGAAGCAGAUAUUGGACGUGCACUAAAAGAGCUUCUACCAAAGUAUGGCCUUUCCAGACAAGAUGUCUUCAUAACAAGCAAACUGUGUGAGUCUUUGGAAUUUCUCUAAUGUGUUAUUAAUAUGACAAGUUUAGGCCUGUAUCUUAAGUUAUUGCCUUUAAUUAGCCAAGCAAAAUGGCUUUUUAAAGUCAAACGUUUUGUUAUUUUGCACUGACUCAGUCUCUAUUAUAGACAGUUUUGUUGGUCCCAAAGCUCUUAGAGGGUGAUACAUGUACCUCUAUUCACAGUCACCUUUUGACACUUUCUCUUCCAAAAGUUGACAAAGUUUCCAGAUUUCUUUUCAAACAGAUUCCAAAAAAUAUUAAUUUAAAGAGAGGUGUCCUUUGAAUGGUCACACAAUAGGAUUUCACCCGCAGACUCAAAAGUUAGAAUGCAAACAAUUGUUGAUUAUGAGUGACAAGAAGUGUUAGCACUGGUUUGGAUUUUGUGAUUUCAAGACUUACCAUAAGUUAUGACAACAGAGUAGGUUAAAAGGUUGAGUUUGAUCGUCCGGGUGAACGUAGUCCUGAAUAGGACUGUUGUUGUUGACAGUGACUGACGUUUCGACAACCUGUGCGGUAGUCAUCUUCUUCUUUGACUCUGAAGAUGACUACCGCACAGGUUGUCGAAACAUCAGUCACUGUCAACAACAACAAUCGUAUUCAGGACUACGUUCACCCGGACGAUCAAACUCAACCUUUUGAAAUGACUCCUGGGUUCAAACCUUUCACAGAGUAGAUUAAUUUAAUGACAAUACAACUUUAUUGACUUUAUCUUCGACAUGUACGUAAGAUUUCAGUACCAAGACAAUCAAUACAUGUAUAUUAAUUACAAAUGAAACAAAGUAAAAUAAAAGUUAAGUAAGAAAGAAAGUAACAACAACUAUCUAUUGAAUAUUAAGGUGACUCGACCCAGUUUUUUUGGGGGGGUACCAUCCUACUUUGAAGCUCUCUGGUAUCCCCACCUUUACUUUUAUCGUAAGUCUAACACAUAGAAUGGAUAACAUAUAGAUCAAUCUACAAUAUAACAUAAAAUUUUUGGCGAUCGGAGUAAAUGUCACGUGGUUAUAAUGCCACGCCCCUUUGAGGUCUGAGUCGAAAAUCUGCUGUUGCCGGCAUUUUUUCGUGAAAAUCUCUCGGCUACACAUAGUGCGCAUUAGUGCCUUGCGCUGAACAGAGUUUCACCAAAAUCGCAAAGACCCAAUUCGAGAAAUUCAGCGGUUUCCAAAUUUAGGUCAUAAUUUAUGCGAAAAUGAUAAGCAAACUUUACACGGAUUAUAUCUAAUAAACUAUGAGAUUCAUCUCUUUAUUUUGGGCAUCGUUAUAACAGAUGGGUCCUUGCAAGUCAGCAAAACGCUUUAGGGCCUUGUAAAUGCGCGCGAUUUCGAGCAAAGCAAACAUAUAGAAAUUAUAGUUUUCGCUAUUUGUUGACGUUUGUCAGCGUUUAAGAGUCCUUCUCACGAAAAAAGCAUUUUCUUAAAAAUUCGUAGUUUUUUUUCCUUCAAAUUUUUUCAGGGCCACAAUUGAUUAACUAACUACCCGGACUCUGAAUUUCAUGGUCAUUGAAAAACUGUGGCAUUAUCUUCUAUAAGCCCAAACUUGAGUAAACAUUGAAGAUUUUUAGCGUUUUGGCUGAGUUUGUGCUUUGGGAGUUGUCUAUUGUUUCUAGUCUGUCAUUAUACCGCAUUCUUGUUCAGCACGCAUGCAAAGACCGCGCUUGGCUGACUUGUGUAAGAAAUACCCCACAAGCAGAUCAGGCCUUUUGAUCUUCAUAGAGCCCCGAGGCUUUUAGUUACUCAAUAUUGUUAGUGAAAGUCUUUUUUAAUACCCACUUCAAAUGACUUUCAGUGAGUAUCCCGACCCUGAUUACAUUAAGGACUUUAGCAAUAAUCCAAUGACACAAUGGCAACGAGAAUGUCUAAAAAACAAUAGGUUUAAUAAGCAAAACAACAACUUUGUAUAUGCAUCACACUUUUUUGUACAUUUCUUUGCUGCUUUGUCACUACUGUGACAUAAAAAUGCGCAGUUUUGCAUUUUAUGGUGAACAUAAACUAGUAACAAUGCAAUUUUAUUUCUCUUUCUGAACUUGGAUAUGGUCCCUUGGAAUUUGACUUCUUAUAAGAGGGUUUGCCUUUAUAUUUGACAAAGGAAGUGGUUAGGAAUAAUCAAAAUAAAGACUGAAAGAAUGAAAAUUCACUUUUUGACCGAUGUUCUCAUUGUUAUAGCCUUCAAAAACAUCCGUUUCUCCUCGCUCUUCGCCGCUAGGGACGUUUCACACGAAGGAACAUCUACGUCUCAGCAACAGAAAUUCCAUACUGAUGACGUAAAAUCUGUCCGGAAUCCGUUCAGAAGCACUGAUUGGUCGACGGAGUGGUUACAUUGUUUUAGCUGUUGUUUACAAAUGACAGACAAAAGACAAAAGGCCACAAAGGUCAAAUGUAAAUGCGAAGAAUCUCUAACAAAACAGUCAAUAUUUGUGGAGUAUAGUCUCCUCUAGAAGAAGCAUUUGAGUUUUGCUGGAGGUCGUUGGCAGAUAAGCACAACACUUUACCAAAAUCGACCAGAAGACACAUAAAAUUAGACAAAUUUAUAUUUAGAACCCCGUGACUCAGCUGAUGACUACCGGAUUUAUUACGUAAACAUUGAUUUGCAUCAUCAGUAUGGAAUUUCUGUCGCUGAGUCACAGACGUUCCUCCGCGCGAAAAGUCCCCAGCGGCGAAGAGCGAGGAGAAACGGAUGUUUUUGCAGGCUAUCAUUGUUAUUGCGUCAUUGGAUCUUUUAAAAAGUCUCCAUUACCCUUGAAUAAGUUCAGCAUUGAUCUGUGUCUAAAAGCUUUAGAAGCAGGCUGUUAUGACUUCAUUGGCAAUCUUCAAAUUAUAUUUGCUUUAACUCUUAAAAUAUUUCAUAUAUAUUAUGGUAUUUUUUUGUUGUUCUUCUCCUCAGCCCCAAGAGACCAUGGAUUUGAUAGUGCACAGGCGGCUUGUAUGAAGUCUCUAGAAGCUUUAGACUGUGAAUAUCUUGACUUGUAUCUCAUUCACUGGCCUGGUGUGCAAAAGCUGAAAAGGGAAGAUCCAAAAAAUUCUGAACUUAGAAAGGGAAGCUGGCUAGCACUAGAGAAGCUUUAUAAAGCAGGUUAUUUUUUUUAAUAGACCCUUCCACAUUUUUUUUCAAUUUUUGAUCUGGACCAGUUAGCAAAAAAUCCAUCAAGACAGGUGAAAAGCACACUUUAAAAUUAGUAAAGAUGCCAAGUUUGAACAUGAUAUGUUGAAAAUUAGUAACAAAGAUAUUAAUAGCUCCGCAAUGUCGCCAAAUUCUACAGACAUUUGCCUAUAGGUUGCCUAUAAGUUUGUACCUGCUAUACAAACUAUUUUACAUCUGUACAAUUUUUGUGACUUUGUGAAUUAGCUAUUCAACAAAUCACAUUUGAACUUGGUGAGUUACUCUUUCCAGCAGUGUCAAUGGAUAUUUGCUAACUGGUCUUAUUAAAAACUGAAUCAUUGGAUAAUGAAAUUCUAGAGCUCUGAUUGGCUUAGCCAUCAUGGUGUAUGAGCCAUUAUACCAUGAUCUCUAAAUUAUGGUAAGUGUACUUGUCUGCUCAAAAUUUAAAAUAAGCUGAAAAUCGGUUGUUUUUCCAAAUAAAGUCAGGAAGGAAUUCUCGAUAUUUUGUGGGCAUUUUUAAUAAAACAAUUAUUCCUCUCACACUUGUUGGAUAUGAGAUGAUUAAUGGCUAUCUACUAUCUCAUAUCCAACGCGCACUCGUGGUGGAAGGAUCUAUUCUUAACUGCGAAAACGCGCAUGGAUUUCAGACACCCCUAAAAAUAAUCCCCCNAUAAGUUCAGCAUUGAUCUGUGUCUAAAAGCUUUAGAAGCAAGCUGUAAAGACUUCAUUGGCAGUCUUCAAAUUAUAUUUGCUUGAACUCUUAAAAUAUUUCAUAUAUAUUAUGGUAUUUUUUUGUUGUUCUUCUCCUCAGCCCCAAGAGACCAUGGAUUUGAUAGUGCAGAGGCGGCUUGUAUGAAGUCUCUAGAAGCUUUAGACUGUGAAUAUCUUGACUUGUAUCUUAUUCACUGGCCUGGUGUACAAAAGCUGAAAAGGGAAGAUCCAAAAAAUUCUGAACUUAGAAAGGGAAGCUGGCUAGCACUAGAGAAGCUUUAUAAAGCAGGUUAUUUAUUUUAAUAGACCUUUCCACAUUUUUUUCAAUUUUUGAUCUGGACCAGUUAUCAAAAAAUCCAUCAAGACAGGUGAAAAGCACGCUUUAAAAUUAGUAAAGAUGCCAAGUUUGAACAUGAUAUGUUGAAAAUUAGUAAGAAAGAUAUAGCUCCACAAAGUUGCCAAAUUCUACAGACAUUUGCCUAUAGUUUGCCUAUAAGUUAAUGUACCCACUAUACAAACUAUUUUACAUCAUUCUGUACAAUUUUCACCACAGGCUUUGUGAAUUAGCUAUUCAACGUAUCACACUUGAACUUUGCAAGGUACUCUUUCUGGCAGUGUCAAUGGAUAUUUGCUAACUGGUCUUAUUAAAAACUAAAUCAUUGGAUAAUGCAAUUCUAGAGCUCUGAUUGGCUUAGCCAUCAUGGUGUAUGAGCCAUUAUACCAUGAUCUCUAAAUAUGGUAAGUGUACUCGUCUGCUCAAAAUUUAAAAUAAGCUGAAAAUCGGUUGUUUUUCCAAAUAAAGUCAGGAAGAAUUCUCGAUAUUUUAUGGGCAUUUUUAAUAAAACAAUUAUUCCACUCACACUUGUAGGAUAUGAGAUGAUUAAUGGCUAUCUACUAGCUAUCUCAUAUCCAACGUGCACUCAUGGUGGAAGGAUCUAUUCUUAACUCCGAAAACGCGCAUGGAUUUCAGACACCCCUAAAAAUAAUCCCCCAGCCCCAGCCCCUCUAAAAAAAGUUGGUCUAUAAAGUAAAAGUAAGUCAAUGUGAUGAGCUCAUUCUGCAUGGGUCUCCUUCAGGUUUACUCAGAAGUAUCGGUGUAUCAAACUACACAGUUGCCCACUUGGAAGAGAUGUUACAGUAUGCUACUGUUGUUCCUGCCGUAUUGCAGGUGACGUUUGUUAUAAUGUUUCUUCUCUUUUGUACAGUAGUGUCUGUUUGUUUCUCCUGGUGGUAUAGGAGAACAGCUUUUACUCAAAGAACAACAUUCAUUCAUGAAGGGGCAAUUUCUUACAUGUAUUACAAAGUCACUGAAACUGAAACUAUUAAUGCAUUACAAAAUACAAUUGUUGGCAACUUAAAAAAUUUUCAAAGAAUUUUUAAAGGCAACAUUCAGAGAAUCUCUGGGUAUGUAUCAUGGUAUGUGUACUUUCUUUACACGUUUGUGCAAUUUGUUUUAAUUUCAGUCCGUUAAAGAAUUAAGCAUGAUAUUGUCUACAUUAACUUUCAAGAAAAAUGUAAUGCCCAGGGCAGUUUUUCUCCUCAUGUUCAAAUUCAUAGCUUCUUCUUUGUCUGCAUUCAGUCACAGUUUAUUGAUUUGACUAUCAUAGAUAACUUCUGUACUGGUAACCCUGUGCAGCCAUCUAUUAUUCUCUAUUUAACAACUCAAGUCUUUUAAACUGUAGGUAGAGUUUCACCCAAGACUUUUCCAGAAAGGGUUGCUUGAGUACUGCCUAAGGAAAGGAAUUUGGCUACAAGCCUAUACUUCAUUAGGCCAAGGAAAGGUAUGUUACAACCAAGAUGAAGUCUUCGAUUCAGUGGGUUUCUAGUUUGGGACUAAUACAUGUAGUUGAGAGAUUCAUUGCAUUUAAUAACAGAAAUCAUGACCUUUUGGCUUUUGGAAGUGUAUGAACACUCACCAAAUGAGCUAGUGCAAGACUUGAAAAAAUCUUAAAUUUCAGCAUGUUUAUAGGACAAGCAGCUCUCAAAUUUGCUUGCCCAGGGCCACUGCAUCCUUGUCUAAGUUUUUGAUGUAGUUAGAAGAUGACUUGACUAGACCUUUUCCCAUCAGUCAAGUAAACAUGAAAAUUACUUACUUGGCUGAAAAGAAAAUCUACUUGAGGUGGAUUACCAGAUGACACUGUUUUUAAGCACUUUUUUCUAUAGACACUGAGCUACAACACUAGUCAAAAAUCUUGAAACACUUUUGUGCAUUAUUUUCCCCUUCCCCGAAGUUGAUUUGGGUAUUACAGUCGUCUUAGUGCUCCAAAAUACGCAUGGCUCAACACUGGGGAAGAAGAGGGGCACAUUUGAGUGAGAACAAAGGUGUGGAGAGUGAAUCUAAGAAUGUUUCGUGAAAAUUCAGGAAUACCCAACGCCAAUUUUCGGAAAAUAUCUGUUUGGAACACGAUUUGAGAUCUAGAAUUUUCGGAACAUUUGUUGUAAAAUUUCUUGUUUGCCUGCCUCUCCUAGGAUUUUCGAACAUCUAAAAAAUGGUAUAAUUGCCCAUUUUUAACGGAUUUUUACCCUAAAAAGGUCACCUAGAACUUUCGGGAGCCUUUUUUCUGGCUGAAAUUUUCGAAAAAGUAAGUUUUGAUCCCUAUAAUUUUCAGAUCACUAGACUUUCAGCUAGGAAAUCCGAACAGAUGAAAAAUUUUUAGUGGAUAANGAGAUUCAUUGCAUUUAAUAACAGAAAUCAUGACCUUUUGGCUUUUGGAAGUGUAUGAACACUCACCAAAUGAGCUAGUGCAAGACUUGAAAAAAUCUUAAAUUUCAGCAUGUUUAUAGGACAAGCAGCUCUCAAAUUUGCUUGCCCAGGGCCACUGCAUCCUUGUCUAAGUUUUUGAUGUAGUUAGAAGAUGACUUGACUAGACCUUUUCCCAUCAGUCAAGUAAACAUGAAAAUUACUUACUUGGCUGAAAAGAAAAUCUACUUGAGGUGGAUUACCAGAUGACACUGUUUUUAAGCACUUUUUUCUAUAGACACUGAGCUACAACACUAGUCAAAAAUCUUGAAACACUUUUGUGCAUUAUUUUCCCCUUCCCCGAAGUUGAUUUGGGUAUUACAGUCGUCUUAGUGCUCCAAAAUACGCAUGGCUCAACACUGGGGAAGAAGAGGGGCACAUUUGAGUGAGAACAAAGGUGUGGAGAGUGAAUCUAAGAAUGUUUCGUGAAAAUUCAGGAAUACCCAACGCCAAUUUUCGGAAAAUAUCUGUUUGGAACACGAUUUGAGAUCUAGAAUUUUCGGAACAUUUGUUGUAAAAUUUCUUGUUUGCCUGCCUCUCCUAGGAUUUUCGAACAUCUAAAAAAUGGUAUAAUUGCCCAUUUUUAACGGAUUUUUACCCUAAAAAGGUCACCUAGAACUUUCGGGAGCCUUUUUUCUGGCUGAAAUUUUCGAAAAAGUAAGUUUUGAUCCCUAUAAUUUUCAGAUCACUAGACUUUCAGCUAGGAAAUCCGAACAGAUGAAAAAUUUUUAGUGGAUAAAAAUAUGCCUAUAUCUACCGUUUGAAUACUAAAAUACGUUUAACAAUGCUAUGUUUAAGUGGUUUUGAACUACAUUCUCGUUGGGUGCCCCUGAAAAUUCAAGAGAAACGGUUCCUGUUUAAACGAUUUGUGAUGAGUCUUGUAGGCCUUUACUGGGUUCAUGUCACACACGUCCAAAAUAGUGCUAGGACCAGCGGUGUCUAGAUGACUUGUAUGAACAACGAUCUCAUCUUACCUACAUGUGGUAACCAGUAAUCUCUAGUGUGUCAUUAUUUACAGUGAAAACUCUAUCAUUAUGGGUCCCUUGUUGGUGUCCACUUUAUAGGAGGUGUCUUCAGACCUGAAGACCCAUUUAUUUUACAAAAAAAACAAUAAGUUCAAAAGAAAAGAUUGGACUUACUGCCGCUUGUUUUCCUGUAAAUGUGAAGUGCUCUGCUUAGUACAAGAUAAACUGUAUUAAGUGUUUUUUUUAGGGGGGAGGGGGAGCAGGGCUCGAUAAAAGUCCUGCCCGGUAGUUCGGGACAAGUAGAUUUUCUUUCAGGGCAAGUAACUAUAAAAGGCUACUGGUCAAGUGGGAAAGGAUAUAGGCAAGUCAUCCUCUAAAAAAAUCAUUAACGAAGACGAGCAAGAAGUGGCCCCGAACAAGCAAAAUGUGACAGCUGCUUGCCCAAAUGACAAGUAGGAAAUCCCCUUUUUUUUCGAGUUCUUGGGGGUCGUUUUCGUUGUUGUUUGGUUUUAAGGGGAAAAUUUGAGGAAGACUGUGCAAGAAAAUUUUAAUGCAGACAAAAAAAGUAAGAUUGCACAAUGAACCAAAGUACUACGAUCUCUUUAGCUGUUAGAUGAGGCACAAGUCAGAAGUAUAGCUACAAUAUACAACAAGUCAACAGCUCAAGUGUUACUCAAGUGGGCUCUUCAACAUAAUGUAGGUAGGUAUGGUAAUAGUACUUAUUAGUCAGUGUAUAAUCAGCAUGCAGCUCUCCUCUGAACUCCUUCCACCAGUUUGAUGUACUUAAUAGAGAGUUUUAGAUCCGAGUUUACCGCGAACCUCUAACGACUCUAACCGCUGGAGGUCACGUGAUAAGUCUUUCGCGUCACCUUUGAGGUUUACGAUGUGCGUUUUCAACGUGGGGAGGUAGGUUUUAACGUAUGUCAUUUACCUGAAAGCUUUUAGCGUAUAAUUCUUGUUUUAUCCCACGUAAUGAUACAAAAAUCUUGUGGAGCAAGUCUUUAUCCAUUAACAGAGGCGCAAAUUCGGACGAAAUGGCUAAAUUUGAUAAAUCCUAUUGGAUCUUGAAAACAAGUGCCAUUCAUGGCUGCUGAUUCAAAAUGGCGGCCGUAAAUUUGUAAGAAGAACUAAUGUAAGAAUUUAAAGCUUUUUGCUGCUAGAUAACCCAGUGUUACGGUAAAUUUCUUUUAUUUUCACUGAUUGAUAUUUCUUCUAUUUCUAAAUGGAAAAAUAAACCUAGAAUGGCUUCUUUAAUCCAUCACCAAUCUAAAUCGAAUAAUGUUUGACCGUCGAACCGCAAACGAGUAACCGCAAACCGCGGUUAGAGGUUCGCGGUAAACUCGGAUCUAAAACUCUCUAAUAAGAUGUGGGUGCCAGGCUGAACUGGCGUGUUCCUUAUGUGGUCUCACAAGGGCCAUUUAGGUUGCUUCUUUCACUUCUUUCAUCAGGUCAAUAGACCUUUUUACCGAUAUGGCGGCCAUAUUGAAUUAAUUCGAUUUUAGGAGGUAUUAUAGGAUGCCCAAGGGGCAUGAGCACAUUUCGUUUGUAGUUUCGAGCGCUUGAUCGCCUUUUUCCCGAGAAAUAUACAGUGAAGGACCAUAUUUCUAAUACUAAACUAGAAAAAGGCGAUCAUUAUUAAAUCCAAACACGGCACAAGGAUCUUUUUUCCCAUUACAAUCUUAUUCUAAGAAAACUUUAAGAAAAAAUGUCCCGAAAAGCGCCCGAAAAUACAAACAAAAUGUGCUCAUGCCCCCUGGGCAUCCUUAAAACUCCUUAAAUCGAAAUUAAUUCAAUAUGGCUGCCGUAUCGGUAAAAAGGUCUAUUGUUCAGGUUUUGCAAGAGAAAUCCAUGUUUAGGUGAUUUUCCCUCAUAACUUGGUUAUGUGUGAGCCUCAGUAGAGGUUAGUGAACAGCUCCACGCCCAGAUAAGAGUGGUGAACCAAUGAAUCUAGCACCUUUUCCACUAGAUCCUAUUGUGACAGAAUGAAUACGAUUACUUUCUGUUGUUCUCAGAAAGUCAUACUUAAUGAGGGAUUAAAUUUUCGUGUGCACUUCUGGGUUUAGAGUUCUUUAUUAUAGUUAUAUAUAGGUACUGUCUUUUUCCACAGGGGUGAUUCCAAAGUCUGUCCGACCCCAGCACAUAAAGGACAACUUGAGUGUUAACGACUUUCAACUCUCUGCAAAGGACAUGGCCAUCUUAAAUCACAUGAACACAAACACUCGGUUUUGCUGGGAUCCAACGGCAGUCACGUGA